AGAAAUAAAUAUAAAUAAAGAUGGCGGAACUGAAAUUGUUGAGUGCGGACCUCUCCGUUGUACUUGCGUGUUUAUAGAGCUUUAUUCAAAGUUGGUGAUCUAUAAAGUAUUUCAAAACUCUAAUCAACUUAUUCUGCUGCAGUCAGCUUGAAUUGUGAGUAAAUUUGGAUCUAUAAUAAUAAUAAUGGAUGUAAAUAUAUCAGAAAUAAAAGAUGGCGACCCGACGCGACCUGUGCUGGAAGCGCCAUCUGUGCUUGAAACGCAGAAUCCAAUCCUAGAGGGCAGUGUUAAAAAGAAGAGGAGGCGCGGGAAAACUAAACGUAAAAUCAUGAAACCGUUUUUGAAGAUACCUUGGCAAGAAAGAAGAAAAUACGAGAAAUCUAAAAGGAACAACAGGUUUCGUAAAAUGGUUUUAACGAAGUCGCGUGCACCUUUCAACAAUAAUCAGUUCUUAAUGGAAAUUCAUAAACCAGAGCCUGAAAAUACUUUCAUCAUGCGAACACCUUCCGCACGUACUCGUGAUUCGAGUUUCAGCAUUGAUUCUGAAGACAAUUAUUUUUUUUCUCUUCCGGAAGAUGAAGAGGAAUACUUGACUAAAGAAUUUUCUAGCGUUUAUGAGGAUGCGCAAUGCGAACGUUUAUCAAAUAUGUCGAAGAAUGAACUCAUUCAAGAAUAUCUAUUACUUGAGGCAAAAUAUGACAAUCUUGUCAAACGAACUGAACGUUCUAAGCCGAAAUAUUUUAGUGACAAGGAUUGUUCUGGAUCUGAAAAGGAUGCCUCUCUUACAGAUAAAGAUAGCAUGAUAACGGAAAGGGAUACAUCGGGUACCUCUAUUGAAUCCAAUACAGUUUAUGAGCCAGCUGUAAAUGAAAUUAUGCAACGGUUGAAAGAACAAGAAGAUCAAAUACGUGAUCUAAAAUUGGCCAAUGAAAAGUUACAACAUGAAAAUGAGCAUUUACGACAAACAUCACAUGGGUCAACAAGUGAAGACUCGGAAAGUGAUAGCUCUUCUAGCUCAGGCAGUUGUAGUAGUAGCUCUAGUCGAAGUCAGAGUCCCAUUAACGAUUUGGAGAUAGCAGAGACUGUAAACAAUGGCAAUGAAAUUCACACUAAUGGUGAUCAAAAUGAUGUGGCUGAUGACAUAGAGCCCAUUUAUCCUCUUGUUAAUGGUUUUCAUAGUCCAAAAGAGUAAACAUUACCUACAGGUUCAUGAAAUGAGCCUCUGGAAUGUGAUUAUGAAAGUUUUUUUUAUACUUACUUAUGUAAAUUAAUUUAAUUUUGGUAGGAUAUUAUUUAAUUUCUUAUUUUGUUUACUCCCAGUUUUAUUGUAGUUUACACCUGAUAAGGGAACAUGUUAAGCACAAUGCAUUUAGUUACUUGCCUUAAAAUAUUUUAAACCCCUGUUAUUGUACAAAUGAUUUUUCAUCACUGUGGGAAUGUAAUUGUGAGAUCUCAUAUUAGGUUUAGUGAAAAUUGUCUGUGAUAUCCUUGUGGAUAUUUUGACUGUAGUGGCUUUUGAGGCAUACAAAAGGGAAAUGUUUAAUAUAAUGUUAUUCCAGUUAUAGAUCUCACUUUUAUGUUGAAACAGUGAGCAAUUAAGCUCUAGUUAUAAGACGAAAUGUAUGAAUGAAAAAGAGUUCUAAUAUAUUAUCAAUAGGUAUGGUUUGAUGGUAUCUAUAGGUACAUUUAUAUCCGGAAAAGUAUUUUUAAAGCAUUAAAAAAUCUAAUUUGCAUGCAAAAUUCUUAUACGAAUUCCGAUAUGAUUAGAGCUAAUUCGUAUUUGAAUUGAAAGUGCUUCAAAAAUACGCCUCUUGGGUAUUUUUAUUAGAUUUUAUUUAUCUUUGCCUUUUUCCGCGGCUCUUCCCGCGUGGUUUGCCUUUGUCACAGAAAUACUUUCGCGCAUCCAACUUCUUUCUUUUUACAUAGCCUACCUAGUAAUGGGUUACCGGCCUGAUAGUUCUUAUUUUAUUCAUUAAUUCUAUGUCUACAUACAAAAUUCAUAUUUGUAAACCAAAUGAAUGUGUUAUCUAUCUAUGCUGUUAUAAAGCUAAGUAGGUAUGUAUGCAAUAUGAAAUACCUAGGUAUUAUCUAAGCUUGAUUAAACAUAAUAAUGUGAAAAUAAUACAUUGUAACAGGGAUUGUAUUAAUUUUUUGCUGACCUAAUAAAUAUGUUAAAGUUA